CGAGCUUCGUGUCUCUCCCUUCCAGUAUCUUCAUCUGCAGGCUCGUUCACGUGUAGCGCUGUGCUGCUGUGUACAUCCCAUAUGGCGUGCGGCAGAAUGACUCCUUCUAUGAAGCUCGCUCUGAGAAUCAGGACCCCGGCCAGGGGCGCCGUACGGCUGAGAUCCUCGGCAGUGACAGCCUCUCAGGUGAAGAGGAAGGAGGCUGCUGAACAGACAGGGGAGAAGCCAUGGCCUGUGGGCUCCCACAUAGAUCACAUAGAGAAUGUGGGGGGCAGACCCUGCCCUACUCUCACCAUAGACUUCCACAACACACAAGAAGCCUACAGAAGUAAGAACACGUGGGAGCUGAUGAGAAGUAUGCUGGUGUUCUAUCUGUGCUCUGUAGAUCGCCUUGUGGACAGGAAUCAGCAGCUCCUCCAGUUGUCCAGAAAAUUGCUUGGCACGAGGCUUUUUGAAACGAUAAUGAAGAUGACCUUUUAUGGACAGUUUGUUGCUGGAGAAGAUCAGGAAGCUAUCAAACCAAUCAUAAGACGGAAUCGUGCAUUUGGAGUUGGCUCUGUCCUAGACUACAGUGUGGAAGAAGACCUUACCCAAGAAGAAGCAGAGAAGAAAGAGAUUGAAUCAUGUACUGCUGAAGCGGAAAAGGAAAAUGUUGGUGCUGUGCAGCGAGAGAAGAAGUACCAAGUACAGCCUGGCUUUGGUGACCGACGUGGGGGUGUCAUUAGUGCCAGAACAUAUUUUUACGCAGAUGAAGCAAAAUGUGACUAUCACAUGGAGACCUUUUUAAAUUGUAUUGAAGCAUCAGGUGGAAGUUCUGAAGAUGGCUUUUCUGCAAUCAAGCUCACUGCAUUAGGAAGGCCCCAGUUUUUGUUGCAGUUUUCUGAAGUGCUUAUAAAAUGGCGCCGAUUCUUCCACCAGCUGGCAGCAGAUCAGGGCAAAGCUGGGUUAGCCGCUGUCGAAAUUGAACUGGAAGUGGAAAAGUUACAAGAAAGUUUGGCCAAACUAGGAAUUGCUACAAAAGAUGAAAGUCAUAACUGGUUCACGGGUGAAAAUCUUGGACUAUCAGGAACUGUGGAUUUGCUGGACUGGAACAGUUUGAUUGACAGCAGAACAAAGCUCUCCAAACUUCUUUUGGUGCCAAAUUUGCAGAGCGGACAGUUGGAACCUCUCCUGUUCAGAUUUACAGAGGAAGAAGAUUUGCAAAUGAAGAGGAUGUUGCAGAGAAUGGAUGUUCUUGCAAAGAAAGCCUUGGAAACGGGUGUUCGCUUGAUGGUUGAUGCAGAACAGACCUAUUUCCAACCUGCAAUCAGCCGUCUGACAUUGGAAAUGCAGCGUAAAUUUAACAAGGACAAUCCCAUUAUCUUCAACACGUACCAGUGCUACUUAAAGGAAGCUUAUGACAACGUGACAGCGGAUGUAGAGCUGUCUCGACGAGAAGGCUGGCAUUUUGGUGCCAAACUUGUCAGAGGGGCCUACAUGCAGCAAGAAAGAAGCCGUGCAGCAGAGGUUGGCUAUGAAGACCCUAUCCAUCCCACUUAUGAGAAAACCAACGAGAUGUAUCAUAGAUGCCUUGACUAUGUUUUAGAAGAGAUCCGACACAAUCGUAAAGCAAAUGUGAUGGUAGCCUCUCACAACGAAGACACAGUGAAAUUUACUCUGAAAAGAAUGAACGAAUUGGGCAUUUACCCUGAGGAUAAAAAAGUAUAUUUUGGACAACUGCUCGGCAUGUGCGACCAAAUAAGUUUUCCUCUUGGCCAAGCAGGCUACCCUGUUUAUAAAUAUGUUCCCUAUGGACCUGUCAAUGAAGUUCUGCCGUACCUAUCCAGGAGAGCCCAGGAAAACCGUGGCUUCAUGAAAGGAGCCGUGAGAGAGCGUGAGCUCCUGUGGACGGAGUUCAAAAGACGUCUGCUUACAGGGAACCUACUUUACACUCCCAGAUUCUAGAGAGAUGGCAGCGUGGAACUCAGCAGUGAAAACUGACAAGAAUGACAUCCAUACACAUAAUAUUUAAACUUGUUUUCCUUUUAAAGAAUAUUUAUAGGAAAUAUUUUAUAUUUUUUAAAUUAAACCAAAACCCAAACGAAUGCAGCUGUGUUUUUAAACCAAAUCCAUGUUGUUCAUGCUUUAAGGAAAUUGCCCUUUCAGCAAUAGAUUGCAAAAAAGAAAAAACAAGUUUAUAUUUAAAAAGAGAAAAGUUAUUACAGAUUACUUUCCAGGCAGAUUAGAAUGUAUCGUAAUUUAAAUUAUUUAUUGUACUCAACAAUUGAAUGUGUGUGUUAAAUUGCUGUGACAAAGCUUGAUAAAGCUGAACAAGUAUAGGGAAAUAUGUGUAAGGGUUUGUGAAAGUCUUGCAGCCACUCCCAAUGCACCAAAAUACAUUAAUUCUGAAAACAAGUCAUGGACUUGAUGAAACAAAUCUGACUCUGGUUAAAUAUUAGGAGUCAACAUGACUAGUAUCUUAGCUGUAAUGUCAGGUACACACAGAGUUUUUUUGUUUAACUCAGCGGGCUGAACGGGAACAAAGUUGAGACUGCUGUACUAACCCAAGUGAUAGUGCAGCAAUCUCCCCCCGUUGAGCUGUUGUGUACUGACAGGGGGACUGCUCCCCACUGGAACACAUUGAUCAGAGCUUGCAGCCAUUUGCUGUAAGCUCUGAUUGGAUGCUGGUUUUCCAGCUUUUUUCGGACAGGUUGCUGUACUUAUGGGCUAAAUGUUGGCCUGUUUCUGUUGAACUGGCCGAUAUUGAGACUGGGUGUACUAGCCUUUAGUGUAUUCUUCCCAGCAGAAAGUGAAUAUAUCUUUAAACCAAGUUACCUCUUGAAGCAAACCGUUCUUCCUUUAACAGCUCUUUUUAGAACGUGUUUUCCUGGUUUUGUGAUUCUCUAUUGAUUAGCAGCUGAGCAGACGAGAAGGAAUGAACGCUUUAAUAAUGAUUUGGAAAGCAUCAUGUCAAGUGCUCUUUUAUUUAUGCAGGUUUUUAGUGUCAGCAUAGUAUUUUCUGAUUAGCGAUUUAUUCGUGGUGUUUUCUUUAGUUUUUCAUUGCGUUGUGUGGAGUUCCUCCAUAUAACCUGCAUAUUUGUUGCAAACUGUAGUGUAAUGAUUUGGAUUGCAGUACUUUUUCAUUUAAAUCUUUUUUGCUUGUAUAAUAAAAUCAUGUUGCAUGGAUGCAUUUUACAUUCCAUGGAAAUGCUUUAGAUUCUUAAAUCUCCUUGUAGAGUAAAUGCCUAUACUGUUACUGUAGAUUACAUUGUACGUAACCAUUUCCUAAAAUCUGUUUCUUUUAAUAGAUUGCUACUUGUUGAACAUCUUUAACAGUUCUUGUUAUUCUCUGCAUAUCUAUUAUAUGUAAUGUUAACAUCUUGUUGGGCAGUAUUGUGAACAUAUGCUGUUCCUAAUUAGAAUCUGCAUAGCCAAUAGCAUCUGUUGAUGUAAAAUGCUAAGUUUUGAGAUGGCAGUAUAUAGCUGUAAACUCCUCCAGUCUUUUGUCCCAGUGACCUUCAUUAAUCAAGACGUGUGUCCAUUUAAUUAAAUUGCAUGCCGGUAGUAUACUGUAGUUCAAAAAGCUUUUCUAUGCAGUGAUUUUUGACACACUGAUAUCAGCUGCCUGCCUGAGGUGUUCUUUGAAAAAGAUUUUAACAAGCUUUCAACACUGAGUGGAGCGAAGAAAAUUAUGUUACUUGAUAAUCAAGGUAAUAGGAUUAUCUAAUAAUUUAACAUUAUAUUGGGUAAAAAUUAUGUACCAGUCCGAUUAUUAUUAAAAAAUAUAUAUAGAUUUGAAAGCA